AUGGACGAUGAGCAACUAUCCAAACGAUCACGGGUGCUCCGUGACAAGGAGUCAAACUCGCCGCUGCAAGAUCCCAUUGGGGAAUUCCUUGAGGCAAUUGGAAAUCAACCCAAGACCUGGGAAUGGCUUGCACAGGACCUGCCGUUCUGGAGAAGAACGGCGAAGACUGGAACAGCAUUCAAAAUAGCCAACGAGAUCGCCGCUGUCAGAGCCAAAAGAGCGGCUCGCAGGUCUCAAGCGCCGUCGGCCGACAUCAUCAACACCACCCCUUCCAACACACUCACGUUGUCAGCGGAUAUUUUGUGAGCAAAUGGCCUCGUCGGGCAUCUCAGAACUCAAGUAACCAACAUCCACACAACCACAACAGCUGUCUUUCCAAACACAACUGCUUCAACCCCCGCGGCGCCCACGACGACGAUCGCCCUCACUACCGAUGCCGCGCUGCCGCCGAUCGCCGCAAUCUUUGUUAUCCCUGCCACAACAUCCAUGGCGACGACGAUUAGCACCACAGCUUUCAUUCCUGCCACCGAUAAAAACGAUCCCGCGCCCCAACAAGCAUCACCAAUCCCACGACCAGAGAUGUGGGCUCAGUGCCAACCUGCCCUUAUUGUGAUCGCAUUAACCUCACGCAUCGACCUGAUCUGUCACUUGCGAAUCCAUAGCAUUGUGACCGAGGCGCCAGCGCCCAGAGCCCCGACCUACACCCGUCGCACCGCCUCCAUUGCCCGCAUUGUCCACGCACAUUUAUACACCGCAUGA